AAAAUUAGUUUAUUCCAACAGUUGGUAGACCACGCUACUAUAAUAUUACACAAUGAGUUUCCAAGACAAAGUAGUGAUUGUAACAGGCGCAAGUUCUGGUAUUGGAGCCGCCACUGCCAUCAAAUUUGCUGAAGAAGGAGCUAAAGUAGCAUUAGUGGGCAGAAAUCAGCAGAAACUGAACAACGUCGCGAAGAAAUGCGGUAAUCCCUUAAUCAUUGCUGCCGACGUAUCUAAAGAUGAAGAUGCCAAACGAGUUAUCGAAGAAACCUUAAGAUAUUUUGGACAAAUCGAUAUUUUAGUUAACAACGCUGGUAUAGGAGGAAACACAAAGAUUUUAAAUGAGAACGUUAUACCAAUUUACGAUCAAAUAAUGGCAACUAACUUGCGCGCAGUAGUGGUCCUGACCCACCUUGCAGCUCCACAUCUGGUGAAAACAAGAGGUAACAUUGUGAAUGUAUCAAGUGUCUGUGGUCAUCGCGUGUUUCCUGAACUUUUCGCAUACAGUGCAUCAAAGGCUGGACUAGAUCACUUCACUAGAGCUGUGGCACUUGAACUAGCCCCACUCGGUGUUCGUGUCAACGUGAUUAACCCAGGACCCGUAAGAACUGAUAUACUAGAAAAUUCGGGAGCAACAAAAGAAAUAGCAGAAGGUACUUUUAAUCGAAUGCAAGAAAUGACUGCAUUGUCACGAAUUUCAGAACCCGAGGAAGUGGCUGAUUUAAUUUUGUUUAUAGCCAAUGAAAAGUCUAAGGCCAUCACAGGAUCGUCUAUUGUGACUGAUAAUGGUGCAUUGUUAAAAAACUGAACUAACUCAACUAUCAGAACAGAAGUAUAGCUACUUGAAACUGUUAUCUACUAUUUCUGUCGCUGAUGUAUGUUAUCUAUAUAGUGUAAUAAAUGUUGCGAAAUAUG